AUGAGGGUCGAUCGCGGCAUGCAUCACAUGGUGCAUCUUUGCAUCAUCGGUCUCGCGUUGCUCGCUUGUACUCUAGCCCUACCUUCACCUACCGAGCAGCAACAAACAUCGACAUUGGUUGACGGUGUCCCCGGCUUGGAAGCUCGUGAUGCCAAGCCCUUUGCGCUCCGUAUUAUGCCCCUUGGGGCUUCCAUCACGACCGGGCUGAAGUCAAGUGAUAAGAAUGGAUACCGUAUAUGGAUACGUGAACAGCUUCGCCAUGCUGGAUGGGAGGUGAACAUGGUGGGGUCUCUCAAAAGUGGAACAAUGAGAGACAACGAUAACGAGGGAUGGAGUGGAUGGAUCAUCGAUGAGGUCGCCAAAGAAGCCGAGAAGACAAUCCCAAAAGCCCCGAAUCUGAUUUUGAUCAAUGCUGGCACCAACGAUGCCGUGAGAGGCGUGGACGUCGAUAGGGCGGGGGAGCGGAUGAAUGUGUUGCUCACUCGUCUGUAUGAAGGUAUUCCUGGAACGACCAUCAUUCUAUCCACGUUGUUAUCCAACGCAGACCCCAAGGCUCAGGCAAAUGUCUUGAAGAUCAAUGAGCAAUACCGCAAUAUCGCAGCUGCUCGCCGAAAGAAUGGCGAUAAGAUCGUCCUAGCUGAGAUGAGUGAUUUUAUCAAGGUCAGCGAGCUGGUCGAUGGGACUCAUCCAACUGAUUUUGGAUAUAAGAAAAUGGCCUCAGUUUGGUGGGCCGCGAUUCAGGAAGCGGAAUCAGCGAAAUUUCUGUCGAAGCCCAAAGAUAUCGUUGGAUGGUUGAACAAAGGCGAGAACAAGUUUGAGUACAAGAGCCAAGUCAAACGCACCCACGGAUACGAUCGUGCCAACCAUGUUUGGGCCGAUGUGGAUGGUAUGCCUCUUGAUGGAUUCUCACUCUGGUCAUAA